CAGACAAAAAUUACAAAUAUCCUUUACAUUUCGUAAUUUGACCUUUUACAACUAUGUACAUGUAGGUUUUUAUGCCAAGUACUCUUAUCGAGAAAUGAAAUUGCAAUAGUACGUAGAUAACAAAGAUUUAUCACUAACAAAACAAUUUAUGUAAAUAAAUUGAUUAUUAAACCGCACGAUUACGACAUUAAUACAUGUAUCUCAUAGCAUUUGGCAUGAUAGUGAGCAGCGGGGACCGAUCCAGCCUGUAUAUCAUUUAGUUGUAAUGUAACGAGGCCGAGGGUUGGGUCAUCGCCAGCUAGGGUCAAUGUUUUUAAACUAACAGAAAAUGCUGAAUGUAUUAUUAGAUAAUCAUAAAGGAGACUUCAACGAAGAAGAAAGAAUGUUAAUCCAUGCAGCUAAAAUGAAAAAGUGUAAGAACACAAGUUCUUUAAAAUCAAAUUGGCGUUAGCCCGUCUCCUAAAACAACGAUUUUAUGAAGUGUAAAGGCGAAGUCAUAGUAUUACUUUUUUCUUCAAAAUGAUUUUAUAAAGAAAGUCUCCCGGCUUUUAUUCUUUCCAUUUAAUGCAUAUGCACGCGGUUUCACCUUAAAACUUUCCGCACCGUAUUCACAGCAAUUGCAUACAUAGUAUUUAAGCGUUAGUGAAUCUAAUUGCAUAAAGAAGAUAUAUUGUUUAAAGAAAGGGGCUUUUCAUACAGGGUUACCAACCGUUACAAACGGUUCAAAAUACGAAAACAACUGUUCGAAACUUGAUACAUUUAAAAUGAAAACCAUUCUAACGAAAAGUCUUCCCAUGGCAAUACACAUUCGCAACGUCUAAUGUGAAAGCCCACGUUCAUGGCGGACAGUGUUAAGCGAGCGGUUGGUGCACAACCUUCCUCCCAGAAAGACAAUGAACAAGUCGCCAAACCUCCCAAAAAGGACGGUGUUGUGGUAGGGGUGAAAGAAACGGUUCUGCCUGAAAAAAAUAACAGCAGUGGAUCUAUAAGAAAAACCACACACGAACCCAAGGACAAGAAUGGAUAUGUCAAUUUAGGCUACACCCCAGGGAACUCUCCCCGAGGCAAGGCCGCGGUCCAGCAUAACGGGUAUGCUUUUGGUAGUAAAAGUGGACCUGCAUCCUCAGAAAGCACAAUACUUCCCUUUCUUAAGGAGAGCAUGUACACAGAUACGAUUCUAGUGGUGGAGGGCAAAAAGUUUUAUAUACAUCGAUCGCUGCUUGGAUAUGCAUCAGAACAUUUUCAGAAGCUUUUUACGGUUGCACAUGCAGUCAAUGCAGUGGGUGAGAAGAAGACAAAACCGGAAGUGGUCAUCAAGGACAAGACAUAUAAUGACUUCUUGGAACUUCUCGCAUUUUUUCAUCCCGGUGUCGCUCGGGACUUGACAGAGAAAACAGCGAUUCGAUUACUACCAAUCGCAGACGAAUAUGAUAUGCAACCUCUGAAAAAAAGAUGUGAAAUUGUGCUAGUAAACCAUCUGAAGAAAAAUUCUUCACUCUUUAGUUCUAAUACAAAGGGCCCCCCAACACAACGAUUUAGACGCGAUAAUGCACCGGAAAUAUUAUUAAAAUGUACAAGAGCAGCCGAUAAAGGAAACUCUAAGGCAGUUUUGGAUCAGUGUCUGAAAGUUUUUGCGAACCCGGACAUCCCUUUGAAAGACCUCAAGUCUAGCACCGACAUAUCCGAUCAAAUCAAGGCCAAGGUCUUCGAAAGCCGUGUAGAUACCACAUCUAAUAAAUUAACCAGAGUGUUUGGAGAACUAGAGAAAGAAAAACACGAGAACACUCUUCUGAAAAAGCAGCUGAACGAUCGAUUCAAUGUUCAGAAACCUGGACUACGCAUGUCCAUCGCAAGUUCUAAUGACGUACAUCCCAUUCCUUCGUCAGUCCCGGUGCUGCAUGCGCACCAUUAUCACACUCAUCACCGACAAAAUAUAGCAAACGGAAAGGACCAGCAUAAAUCACCACCCUCAACCAAACGAAACAGCUUCAAACACUGACACAGUUGUACAGAACUUAGUUGUAUUUUUUUCCAUACAUGUGUUUGUGAUGUUGUAGUAUAAUACAGUUUGUAACAACAUUGUCUGUUCGUGUUUGUAAGGCUCAUUAUUACAACUGCAUUUUAAACAAACUUGGCAUUAAUUCUACAUUUGGUAAUCCUACUUAUACUUCAACUUCCCCAUUAAAAAAAAUGAAAUGGGUCAAAUGCCGUCUGACGUGUUUCAUAUCAAUUGUUAGGCCGUUCUUUACACACUGAUUUUGACUACGGAUUACAUGUACUUCGUUUACCUGAACAAGAUAUAGAGCCCACGGCGGGUGUGACCGGUCGACAGAGGAUGUUUACUUCGAGGCACCUGGUCCCACAACUGGUAUAUCCGGGGAUAUCCGUGUUUGCCCAACUCUUAAUUUUGCAUUCUUUGUAGAAGUUAUGAGAUUGACCACUGUUAUCUUCAUCUUUUCAUGAUUUGCACAUGCAGUAAAAAUUGUCUCGCAUUAGACUCCGAAAUUAGAUAAGAGAGAGAGAUUCGCUGAAAAGAAAUACACAAUGAUUGCUUCAUGAAUUUAUCGCCCAGUUACAAAAUUGAAAAUAACGGAGGGGUAUCGAAGAAGCAAAUCCCAAUUAAAGUACAAUGUAUAAAAAACCCUCCUGAAAUAAAGAGCAAUUAAGCGUUUCUCUGCUUCGUAUAUACCAACUUUCCGACUUAUUUUUUCUUUCGAUAUCAAAUAUACUUUUAUAAGUUACUGAUUAUCAAAUUUUUAAUAAUGUAUUAGUUGAGAAGUGCUAGAUGAAAAUUUUAUUAUAUUUUAUCAUUCGGAUGUUUUCCCUUUGGUUGUUCUGUUUUCAUAAUCAGGUAAGAAAAAGAUAUCUACAUUUAAUCAAUGGAUGAAUAAUAAAAUAUACCAGAAUCGAAAAACUGCAGUUCUACAGUUCUGAGUAUAUUCAGUCUAAACAAAGUAUAGUGCAUUUUUGUAAAAGUACUGAAUGUAUAUUUCUCAUGAAAUUAUCGCAAAUUUCACAUCAAUUCACGCAGCAAUCAUUCACAAACAAAUAGCAAAUUUCAUGUGUACAGUACUAGUAUGUACAGUAUUACAUGUAUAGAUCUAUACAUGUACUUGUAUACAUAUGGAAAAGCAGGGGGAAAUGCAUGCAUGUUUCGUAUCAUAUUCUAUAAUAUAUGUUUGACCUUUCCAUGAUAAAUCAUGAAUAUUGAUGCGUCAUCUCGAGAUAUUAUUUUGGAGUUUUCUUUGAAUUUUCACAGUUGAUAAUCCAGACAUUUUGUACUUCACUAUCAAAUUUCUGAUUAAAUAAGAAAGUUUCGUUCCACUCUUGUAAACGCACGUUUUCUUUAUUCAUGUUUGCCUCUCUAUCAAAAUCGAUCCUUUAACUUUGGUGUUCCGAAUGACAAUAUACCAAGACAAAAGACUGGACGCACGGUGAGCGCACGGUAAACGCUUUGUGAACGGUGAAUGAGUGGUGAACGGUGAACGCAAAACUGUGAAGAGUGAGCGCACGGAAAAACGGUAAAGUAGAACGUUUCAGGGACUGUAUAUACAUAUGGGCAUUACUAAGUUAUUGCAGCAAUUAAAGAAGGGGGGGGGGUGUAAAUCUUUGAACGAAUCGGAAAUCGAACCCGGGACCCUAGCUUACAUUACUAUUUAAGUUAUCUAACCACCGACCAAACCUGGCCGAUAUACAUGUUCGAAGUAUUUAGUAAUACAUGUAUUACUGCGAUAUGAAAUUUAAGGAGAUAUACUACAUCAUCAUAACGGCCGACUGAAUGAAAAUAUAACUAUAUUUAUAUAUAGCAAUAUUUGUCAUGUACAAUUACUGUAGCAACCACCACCCAUUUUUUAAAAAUUAAUUAGCGUGUUGACAGCUGAUCUGUAGAUCGCGGAUUCAGGUCCAGCAAUUGCUUUAUUUUUUUUCCCGAUCACUUUCAUCUAAAAGAACAUUUUUGACCAUAUAAAGUAAAUUUGAAAUAAUUCAAAAUAUUAAUUAUUGUACGAUCAUGUAAUGUAUAUCACUUUUCUCGUUGUGUUGUGUUAUAUUCCUCCUUGACCCGAAACUUUAACAAAAUCUCAUCGAGGAGAUUAGAAAAAAUGACAGAAACGUCGCAUAUGACCUUAGAUAUUAUGUGAAAAUAUAAAUUAACAGCAAAAUGCCUGCAUAUCAUGACAUGUCAAUUUCUACCCAGAGUUGUAGUUAUUAAACGACUAGUUUACGUACGAUUUACUUACUAAAAAUAAAAAAGCAAAACCAAACUCGUUCACUUUCCGAUCUGUUUUCAGAAUUUUUGAGACCCGACGGCACGGUGUGUAAGAAUCGAUUAUGUGUAUCGAAAGAUGACACUUGGAUAUAUAUUCUAUAAGUGUUGGCAACAGUGGAAAGUACAAAGAGUAACUCGAAAUGUGGAUGCAUAUUGCUAUCAGUGUAAAACAUUGGUCCAUUUGGUGCUAGACACUGAGGAUUUUGAAAUCUUGCCAGGAAAAAUCAUCCGACUUACAGGAACUUGUGUUCAGUGUAACGCUCUAAUAAUAAAAAAUCAUAUUCUUAAGGGAUGGCACAGAGCUCUCUUUUGACAAGAAGGGUUGUUGUCACUUGUGUGUAUAGAUGAAUACGUCCAAAAGACUUGCAGAAUGUGCAGAGAAGCUUAGUACAUCGGUUUUUACCCUAGACACAUUCAAGUCAAGACAAUGUGAUGCUUUGUAACUCCAGGAGGUCGUGCCAAAAUAAUGUUUUUAAUUUAUUUGUUGUAUAUUAAUCAAAUUUUACUUCAAUGAUGAGAACAUUGUGCAUGUUAUGAUUAUUGAUCAGGUAAUAAACAAUUUUUAAAAUGUA